AAAAAAAAAAAAAAAAAAAGGAUGUGAGGCUCGAGCCCGCCAGCCAGGCCUCUAGCUUCUAGCGCGCGCCCUCCGCGAGGACCCGCGCGAGCUGCCCGUGACGUUGCCUGCGCUGUUUGAAACUGCAGAACCCGUUACCAGCUUGGGGCAACUACCGUUCCGGCUGGUUCCGGAGCUCGUGCGUGCCAGGAGGGCUAGUGGCGGUCGCGGGGUGGCUCUAGCCUUUCGCGUCUCUGCAGCCUGGAGACUAGAACCGGCACUUUCGUAGGACGCCACCUCCAAUCGCAGCGCUGGCGCGGGCGGAGGCUAAAACACAAGGGUCCUGAGACUGAGGAAAACGCGCCAAGUUCCCGUCGGCGGUGUAGUGGGGAAGACCCCAGCGGUUCGGGCGCCGGGCGAGCGGAGCCGCUUCUGGCGCUCCUUGCCGUCCCGGGGCGGGGACGGGGGCGGGCGUGGCCGGGCGCCGCUUCGGGGAUGUAGUCGGUGCCGGCGCCAGGCAGGACCGAGCCGCAGCCCGGGUUCCCGCUCUUGAGAGCGAAUGGUCACUCCCCUGCGGGGAGGGCGAUCCGGCCAGCUUUUCCGUGGGUCGCGGGCCCCCGCAGGCUCGGGGCAGGGGCUCACCUGUCGCACCCGCCCUCAGCCCGGUUAGACUCGUCGGCGUCACCGCCGCGGACCUCGCUCUGGGCCAUGACCAGAGUUAGGGGAGAAACAUUUUUGAUGUAACAACCCCCAGUGAUACGGACAGCCAGGAGCAAGAAGUGGUAUAGCAGAAGAUACGGCACUUGGUAAAAUGUUAUAUUCUAGAUAUGAUUGGUGAUUACAGGGUCCCUGUAUAAAUUAAUUCUCGUCAACUCCUUGGGAUUUGAAGAGAAAAUGCCCAGUGACAUACCUAGUGAAAGUAAUGGGCUUUCAAGAGGUAGUCCAUCAAAAAAACCCAGACUUUCCUUGAAGUUUUUUCAGAAAAAGGAAACCAAGAGAGCCUUGGAUUUCACAGAUUCUCAAGAAAAUGAAGAAAAAACUUCUGAAUAUAGAGGAUCUGAAAUUGAUCAAGUUGUUCCUGCAGCACAGUCCUCACCUGUCAACUGUGAGAAGAGAGAAAACUUGUUACCGUUUGUGGGACUGAAUAAUCUCGGCAAUACUUGUUAUCUUAAUAGUAUACUUCAGGUAUUAUAUUUUUGUCCUGGUUUUAAAUCUGGAGUGAAGCACUUAUUUAAUAUUAUUUCAAGGAAGAAAGAAGCCCUAAAAGAUGAAGCCAGUCAAAAAGAUAAGGGAAAUUGCAAAGAAGAUUCUUCAGUAAGUUAUGAACUAAUAUGCAGCUUACAUUCCUUGAUCAUUUCAGUCGAACAGCUUCAGGCUAGUUUUCUCUUACAUCCAGAGAAAUAUACUGAUGAACUUGCUACUCAGCCAAGGCGACUACUUAACACACUCAGGGAACUCAACCCUAUGUAUGAAGGAUAUCUACAGCAUGAUGCACAGGAAGUAUUACAGUGUAUUUUGGGACACAUUCAAGAAACAUGCCAACUCCUAAAAAAAGAAGUAAAAAAUGUGGCAGAGUUAUCUACUAAGGUAGAAGAAAAACAUCAGAAAGAGGAAAUGAGUGGUAAUAACAGCAUGGAGAUGGACAGUAUGAGGCAUUCUGAAGACUAUAAAGAAAAACUGCCAAAAGUACAUGGGAAAAGAAAAAGUGACACUGAAUUUGGUAACAUGAAGAAAAAAGUUAAAGUCUCUAAGGAACACCAGUCUUUGAAAGAAAACCAGAGACAAACCAGAUCAAAAAGAAAAGCUACAGUUGAUUCAUCAGAUAUUCUUGCUAAAAUAAUCCCCAAGUACAUUUCUGAAAAUGAGAGUGCAAGACCCUCACAAAAGAAAUCAAGAGUUAAAAUAAACUGGUUAAAGUCUCCAGCUAAGCAACCCAGCAUUAUUUCUAAAUUCUGUAGUCUGGGUAAAAUAACAACAAACCAAGAAUCCAAAGGACAGUCUAAAGAAAAUGAAUAUGGUCUUGAAGAGGACAUGGGGAAGUAUGAGAAUGAUAAUACAGCUAAUCGUUGUGGACUUGAAUCUCCAGGGAAUAAUGUUAUGCCUGUUAAUGAAGUUAAGCCCAUAAACAAAGGUGCAGAGCAAAUCGGUUUUGAGCUAGUGGAGAAAUUAUUUCAAGGUCAGCUGGUAUUAAGGACUCGUUGCUUAGAAUGUGAAAGUUUAACAGAAAGAAGAGAAGAUUUUCAAGACAUCAGUGUACCAGUGCAAGAAGAUGAGCUUUCCAAAGUAGAGGAGAGUUCUGAAAUUUCUCCAGAGCCAAAAACAGAAAUGAAGACCCUGAGAUGGGCAAUUUCACAGUUUGCUUCAGUGGAGAGGAUUGUAGGAGAAGAUAAAUAUUUCUGUGAAAAUUGCCAUCAUUAUACUGAAGCUGAACGAAGUCUUUUGUUUGACAAAAUGCCUGAAGUUGUAACUAUUCAUUUGAAGUGCUUUGCUGCUAGUGGCUUGGAGUUUGAUGGUUAUGGUGGUGGACUUUCCAAGAUCAACACUCCUUUACUGACACCUCUUAAACUGUCACUAGAAGAAUGGAGUACAAAGCCAACCAACGACAGCUAUGGAUUAUUUGCAGUUGUGAUGCAUAGUGGCAUUACAAUUAGUAGCGGGCAUUAUACUGCUUCUGUUAAAGUCACUGACCUUAACAGUUUAGAACUAGAUAAGGAAAAUUUUGUGAUUGACCAAAUGUGUGAAGUAGGUAAGCCAGAACCAUUGAAUGAGGAGGAAGCAAGGGGUGUGGUCGAAAACUGUGACGAUGAAGAAGUGUCGAUUGGAGUCAGUGGAAAUACCCAGCCAAGUAAAGUUUUGAACAAAAAAAAAGUAGAAGCUAUUGGACUUCUCGGAGGACAAAAGACUAAAGCAGAUUAUGAGUUAUACAACAAAGCAUCUAAUCCUGAUAAAGUUGCCAGUACAGCAUUUGCUGAAAAUAGAAAUUCUGAGACUAACAAUACUAAUGGGACCCAUGAAUCUGAUAGAAACAAGGAAUCCAAUGACCAAACAGGCAUUAACAUGAGUGAUUUUGAAAACAAAAUUUCAUAUGUAGUGCAAAGCUUAAAGGAGUAUGAGGGGAAGUGGUUGCUUUUUGAUGAUUCUGAAGUGAAAGUUACUGAAGAGAAGGACUUUUUGAAUUCUCUUUCCCCUUCUACAUCUCCUACAUCUACUCCUUACUUGCUAUUUUAUAAGAAAUUAUAGAGUGAGUGUAUUUUCCUUGUGUGUAUAUUAAACAGACCUGGACAAACAUUGGUAAAUUGAUUACAUCAAAAGUCUUUAGCUUAUCUAGCUUAUCUUUUGAAGCUAUUGGAUAUUAUUGGUCUCUCUAGGUUUUUAUAUAAAUAGUGAAAUCUGAGUUAUUGAAAACCAUGUUAAUUUUUAGAAUUCAUUUUCCUUAGUGGAGACUAGUGAUUGAUGCAUUAGCUUCUGGGAACAAACUUGUAUAGGUUCUUAACUGAAUUAUUCAAAAUGGAAGCAUUUAAACACUUUGAAUUUACACCUAUCUUUUGUGUUUGCUUUUUCAAAUAAAGUGCUUGUAUUUUUAUCUCCACAUUUUGGAGUAAUUAUCUACAUGAUGUUUAUAGGUUCUGUGGUUUUUCAGCUAAGAAGCAGAAUCUCAUUUCAGUACAUUUAGUUUUGUAAGUCAUGAAGCCAGACCUUUGGUGGGCUGUAUUAGAGGCACGUGUAUGUAUUCAAAAUAGUGCACAUUUUGUGCCUUCAGUCACUUUGAAAAGUGUCUCAGAAAACCUGAAGAGUCAGUCCUCUUCUAUCUUCAAAAGAAUUUUAUAUGUAUUUAUGAAAAUGAUCCUGUACCCUAGUAAAUCUUUUUCAGUGUGGACUAAUUUGUAUCUCUUCAUAGUCAUACUCUGCACGAUCUGUAUAUAAUGCAUCGAACUUAGAGGUGUGACCUUAAAUUUAACUUUUUUAAAAAAACCAGGAGGUCAAUAAAAUUUAAACUGCUUAACAA